AUGCCGUGUAACGUUUGUAAGACGAACGUUUCGCCAGCAAAAAAAAUCACGUGUUCCUUUUGUAAUCAACUUUUUCACAAAAGCUGUUUAUCUACUUACAAUAAAUACAGAGAUAAUCCGCAAAACUUGAUUUGUGAUGAAUGUGAGCAAAAUAAAAUUAUAAAAAAAAAUGUUACAUCUAGGAAAAACCGUCAAGAAAAUGACAAAAUACUGGAUGCCCGUCAUGAUAAAGGUUAUUCAACUUCUACUGAUAUUAAUGAAAUGAAAUCAUCAAUCUCUGAAAUACUUAAGAAAUUAGAUAGUUUAACUACAUCUUUCAGUGCAAUUGAAAAGUCUGUGUCAUUUUUAUCUGAUAAAGUUGAUGAGUAUAAUGAAAAAUUUCAGAACAUAGUAGAAAAAGUAAAAGAUCAUGAUGGCAGGCUUAAUACUUACGAGAAUAAAAUUUCUAACCUUGAGCGUGAAAUUUAUAUUUUGAAAGGAAAUGUUAAUAUUAGGUACCGAACAGACAAAACUUUCUAA